CUUGCUUCCCCGCGACCCCUGCGUUCCUGUGCGCGCGCGCCCGCUUGCCUGUUUCCUGUCGCCGUCGCUGCCCGGGCCAUGGCGACCUGCUUUUGGCUGCGGAGCUGCGGGGCCCGGCGCCUCGGGUCGACGUUUCCAGGCUGCCGCCUCCGCCCCCGCGCCGGAGGCCUGGUCCCUGCCUCCGGGCCUGCGCCCGGCCCGGCCCAGCUCCGCUGCUACGCUGGGGGCCUGGCGGGCCUCUCUGCGGCGUUGCUGCGCACCGACAGCUUCGUGGGCGGCCGCUGGCUCCCGGCCGCCGCCACCUUCCCGGUGCAAGACCCGGCCAGCGGCGCCGCUCUGGGCAUGGUAGCCGACUGCGGGGUGCGAGAGGCCCGCGCCGCCGUGCGCACUGCCUACGAGGCUUUCUGCAGCUGGAGGGAGGUCUCGGCCAAGGAGAGGAGUUCAUUACUUCGGAAGUGGUACAAUUUAAUGAUACAAAAUAAGGAUGACCUUGCCAGAAUAAUCACAGCUGAAAGUGGAAAGCCACUGAAGGAGGCACAUGGAGAAGUUCUCUAUUCCGCCUUUUUCCUAGAGUGGUUCUCUGAGGAAGCCCGCCGUGUUUACGGAGACAUUAUCUACACCCCGGCAAAGGACAGGCGGGCCCUGGUCCUCAAGCAGCCCAUAGGCGUGGCUGCAGUCAUCACCCCGUGGAAUUUCCCCAGUGCCAUGAUCACCCGGAAGGUGGGGGCCGCCCUGGCAGCCGGCUGUACCGUGGUGGUGAAGCCUGCCGAAGACACGCCCUUCUCUGCCCUAGCCCUGGCUGAGCUUGCAAGCCAGGCUGGGAUUCCUUCAGGCGUAUACAAUGUUAUUCCCUGUUCUCGAAAGAAUGCCAAGGAAGUAGGGGAGGCAAUUUGUACUGAUCCUCUGGUGUCCAAAAUUUCCUUUACUGGUUCAACAACUACAGGAAAGAUCCUGUUGCACCAUGCAGCAAACUCUGUGAAAAGGGUCUCCAUGGAGCUGGGCGGCCUUGCUCCAUUUAUAGUAUUUGACAGUGCCAACGUGGACCAGGCUGUAGCAGGGGCCCUGGCAUCUAAAUUUAGGAACACUGGACAGACUUGUGUUUGCUCAAACCGAUUCUUGGUGCAAAGGGGCAUCCACGAUGCCUUUGUAAAAGCAUUCGCCGAGGCCAUGAAGAAGAACCUGCACGUAGGUAAUGGAUUUGAGGAAGGAACUACUCAGGGCCCCUUAAUUAAUGAAAAAGCGGUAGAAAAGGUGGAGAAACAGGUGAAUGAUGCCGUUUCUAAAGGUGCCACCAUUGUGACAGGCGGAAAACGACACCAACUUGGAAAAAAUUUCUUUGAGCCUACCCUGCUGUGCAAUGUCACCCAGGACAUGCUGUGCACUCAUGAAGAGACUUUUGGGCCUCUGGCACCAGUUAUCAAGUUCGAUACAGAGGAGGAGGCUAUAGCAAUCGCUAAUGCAGCUGACGUUGGGUUAGCAGGUUAUUUUUACUCUCAAGACCCAGCCCAGAUCUGGAGAGUGGCAGAGCAGCUGGAAGUGGGCAUGGUUGGCGUCAAUGAAGGAUUGAUUUCCUCCGUGGAGUGCCCUUUUGGUGGAGUGAAACAGUCCGGCCUUGGGCGAGAGGGAUCCAAGUAUGGCAUUGAUGAGUAUCUGGAACUCAAGUAUGUGUGUUACGGGGGCUUGUAGGAUUCCUUGGUUCUUUAAAAAAAAUUGAAAAGGAGACUUACCUACAUAUACAGGUACAUGCCAUCCAUUAUUUUCAAUAAACUAGUAGGUUUUCAGAAUUAUGAAUUUUUCAGAACUCAUCCAGUCCUUGUAAUCGUAAACAGAUGCAAAUCCUACCCCUGCCCUUAAUGUAACUAGGGACCAAUAUGUGCCACGUGCCUGUGGCUGCAGACUCCCAGAGAACCAGCAUUGGGUUUACAGAAUGAGGCCCUGGCUCCCCACCACAGCCCCAGCUGCCUCAGAGCAGGCACAGCACGAGGCAGGCCCAGCCCCUUGGGCUGUCACAAAGGCUUGAUCACUGCCUGGGCAGUGGCACAACCAUCCCCCAUGUUGCUACAGAACGUGGGCCCAGAGCACCUUGAAGGAGACCCUUGACAGUGACUGGCGGGCAGGUGAGGGGCACAGCACCCCUCCCCGGCAUCUGCCAGCUCAGCACAGAAGACACCGAAUGUGCAUCUGGAGGCGUUGCGGCAGAGGUUUGAGUGAACCCUCUUUCAAAGACAAUAAAUAGCACAGAAUUGUCCGUGCUUCUGUGAGGCAUGAAGGAGCACCUCUCCCUAUUCCUGAACCAUUUUUUAAUUGAUGCCUUUAUUGUCCUAAAUUUACCUCUUAAAGAAUUCUAUUUUCAUUUCUGUCCUGUUUGCCACUUCAUUUCGUUUCCUUGAGGAAAUGAGCUGAAGUGUAAAGCAAAGAAUAGCAGAAGCAGCUUGGUAGGAUGGAAGGCACGCAGUGGCAUGGCCUGGCUCCUUCCCCAAGUGGCCUUGUUGCCUUGUUGCCUUGGGCAUGUGUUCAGCACCUCCCAUCCUGCGCAUACAGUGGAGAUUCCAUACAGGCCUUACUUAGCUCCUUGUGAUACUGUGAGCCAGAGAGAAAGUAAAAGCACUUCACAAAAAAAUGAAAAUUAUAAGGAUGUACAAGAGCCAUUGUUACGAGCAGCACCGGCCAGCCCUUCCUUGCCUACUGUCAAUGGCUUUGCCAAGAUGGGAGGAGGCCAGUGCCCACUUGCCCACCGACCUGAGCCUGAGUAAGUGGCUGUCACCUGCAGCCUGUUCUUUCUGUCCUGGUGUGGUGCUGCUCCCACACCUCCAAAAGAGCAAAAGUACUUUCACCACAGUCAACCCAAAAGGGAAAGAAUUUCUGUAAUUGCCAAUCCACUUUGUAGAAGAGGCAUGAGCCCUUGAAUUUCAGGCACCUUUUAUCUAAUAAGAGUUUUUACAGUUCAUCAUUCAAAUAACACACAAAAAACAAAAGCCCCUAUGACUGGCGUUGCCUCUCACUUGGAAAGAAAGACUCCAUAAUCUUAAACAGAUGCAAAUCCAAUUAGGCGGCCAAGUAGGUGGAGACCAAGCGCCUUCCUUUCCCCAUCUCUCUCUGUGUAGACCCCACUUACAUCUUGUAGUUAUUCUGGGUUGUGGAAGGAAAAUGUGAAUGAAAGUAGUGCUAGAUGCAAUUACUCCUGAACCCCACCUAGGAUUUAACAUCCCUCACUGAGCCACUGGGAAGCUCUGGUUGAGUAACUAAAGAUCUGGCAAGUCCCUGGGCACACAGGGAGCUGCCUAGCAUCUGGCCUGGGGUGUACUAGCCACAUUCCCAAGGUCCCAAGGAGAAGGAAGAGCUGAAAUUCAUCUCCCAGUGACACUGCCCUGGCCCUGUCAAGAAUCACAUACUCAGCAUUUUGACAGUUAAUGUCUGCUCUUUAUUUGUAUAGUUUUUAGGUGGUUUUAUAUAACAUUUUAAUUACUUAUGAUUUAGAUGAAUCCAUCCUUUUUCUAUUAAGAAUACAAAUGCUGGGCUGGGCACAGUGGCUCAUGCCUGUAAUCCCAACACUUUGGGAGGCCAAGGCAGGCAGAUCACGACGUCAGGAGAUCGAGACCAUCCUAGCUAACAGGGUGAAACCCCGUCUCUACUAAAAAUACAAAAAAAAAUUAGCCAGAUGUGGUGGCAGGCGCCUGUAGUCCCAGCUACUCUGGAGGCUGAGGCAGGAGAAUGGCAUGAACCUGGGAGGCAGAGCUUGCAGUGAGCAGAGAUCACACCACUGCACUCCAGCCUGGAUGACAGAGCGAGACUCCGUCUCAAAAAAAGAAUACAAAUGCUCCAACAUUAUUUUUUAUAACUCUGGAUUACCGAUGCUGAGAUGUGUGCAGGAAUACUUCCAAAUAAAUUUUUAACAUUGUAGGCCAGUAGAUCUUUGGCUGGGUGGCAAAUUUUGAGUCUUCUCGCAUAUUUGGCUCAUGGGUUCAUAAAUUGAGGCCAGAGACUCAUUGUAUAUCCUCAAUCAAUUUUCUAAUUAAAGGAAAUAGCUUAUUGUUUAGUAAAAUGGCCCUUGGUUGUGGGAAGAAAGAGGAGUAUUUUUAACUGAACAUUUUUGUUGUUUUUUAAAUUAAGUAGCCAUAUGUAAUGGGAUUUUUAAAAUAUAUACAUUUUACAACAUGGACUAGAAAGGGACCAUUAGAUCAGGGGUUGGCAAACUAUGGCCCACGAACCAAACCUGACCUGCCACCUGUUUUUAUACAACCCGUGAGCUAAGAAUGGUUUAUAUGUUUUCAAAUGAUUGGGCAGAAAAUCAAAAGAAGAACAAUAUUUCAUGACACCUGAAAAGCCUAUGAAAUUCAGAUUUCAGUGUCCAUAAACAAAAUGUUAUUAGAGCAUAGCCACACCCAUUCAUUUAUGAUAUUGUCUGGGACUGCUUUCUUGGCAGAGUUGAAUAGUUGGGAUGGGGACAGUAUAGCCUGCAAAGCCCCAAAGAUUUACUGCUUGUCUCCUUAAAGAAAAAGUUUGCCAGCUCCUGAUCGAGACCAAGAGGGAGAUACUGACCUUACUUGCAUUUAUCCGGCAUUAUUUCAACACCUCCUGUGAAGAAAGUACUUUUCUGGCAUAGCUACCAUGAGUUCUCAGCAGGAACUUCCCAGUGCUGAUAAUGUAGAUGAAAUUAGCCAUGUAACAAGAGUCUGUUGGCCUUGAAAAAACAGUUCUCCUUGAACUUCCUCCAGCUAUGUAGGGAUUGUCAUUAAAGAGCUGAUCUGCAUCUGUUUAUCCAUUUUAGUAGCUUUUAAAUACGAUUUUAUGUGAAGUGCCGUUUCUUUAUUCUACUAAAGAAACACAGCAGAAUAAAGAUCAGAAGCACAUGCAGGAAAAUCUGUUUUAUUGUUAACUUCAAUUAUGAACUUGAAAUUGUGCCACAUGACUUUUUCCUCUAAAAACUGGAUCCUAGUGUUUUAAUUACCUAUGUGCAGCUAUUUUAAAUAGCAUUUUACUUGAAUAAUAUGUAUGUUGUCAUUAUUUCAUGCUAUACUUUGUGGGAUAAAACUUGGGAAUGAGUGUGGUAAGAAAUUUAUAAAGUUUUGCUUUUAAAGCGUGGACAUAACUCAUUUUUCUAGUUUUUGACAAUUAUGUGUUUUAAUGUCUAGUCUGCAGAGAGAGCUGUGUAUGUGAUUAAUAAAUGUGGAAUUAACGAAAUUUCCUCUCCCUGUA